AUGGGUGAAGAACUUUCUGGUUUGAGUGCCAAAGAUCUACCGAGCCUGGAAAACCAAUUGGAGACAAGUUUGAAAGGUGUCCGGAUGAAAAAGGACCAUAUACUAAAUGAUGAAAUAAAAGAACUGAACCAGAAGGGAAAUCUCAUACAGCAAGAGAAUAUGGAACUGUAUAAGAAGCUAGACCUUGUAGGUAAAGAGAAUGCAGAACUGCUAGAGAAGAUUACAACUGCAUUAGCGCAAAGUUGUUUCACAGCUGUGGGUGGCUAUCUGUCAUUAUGCAGUCAACUUGCACCACAGUGA